UUGUAAUCACAUGUCUUCUCGUACAAAGGCUACGCCAUAAGACAUAAAUCAAAAUGUUUACCCCUAAACAGGGAACGCCAUCUACCAGGAUAACUCCCAGUAGUUCGGCUGUUCGCUCUUCGACAUCAAAUAGAAGGUCAUCUUCAAUGUUCACUCCACGCCGGAGAACUUCGGGUAUAAACACAAGGAGCCAGGCUCUGAACAGCUCUCUCCAGACGUCUAUGAUAGUGGAGAAGACUAGUCAGCAUACUGUGGAGAGCUUUGGUCAACCAUUACCAGUUCUAAUCACAGAGGCUCUCACACUGGCAGACAGAUCAACAGAGGUCAGUGUGAGGUUAGAUCCGUCAGGGUGGGCGUGGCUGGUUGGUGGCAGGAAGCUCUUUAUCUGGAGGUACAAGGCCUCACCAUAUGCCAGGGCCACCCAGUGUAAGGAGCUGACUCUACCCCCCAGUGACCUGGCCCACAAUGCUGACCGAGUCUGCGUUAUCCCUGGGGUCAAUGAUAGUCAGUCUGUGGCCUGUAUGGCCGCCUCACCCGAGGGUAUUGUGCGAUACUGGCCAAGUGUGGCUCAUGAAACAUCCUCUACAGAAAUCAGCGCAGAGUUAAAGGGAGAAGAAUGUGCAAGUGUAAUCAACUUCCUGCCUUACGGGUGCAUCUUGGCUACAACAACUAGUUCUUUAGUGCUUGUAUCUCCGUGUGUAGGACAGACUGGGUUAAUGUGUCGGCCCCUGAAGGAAGCUCAGGGGAUGUUCGCUGGGAUCAGCCGCAGGAUGUCUUCCUUUAUCUUUGGCAGUGGUCCAGCUCAGACUAUUGGUGCCCCGUUACACAGGGUUCUGGCUGGGGACGUGGAUGAGGAUGGGGUCCGUCAUUUCUAUGUUUUAUCCGGUUCUCAUGUACAGAAGUGGGUCAUGUCAGAAGGGGAUGUAGAUAAGUUGGUGUACCAGGCAGAUGUCGAGAGGUUGUACAGAGAGGCCUUCGCCAAAAAGUGUUGGGACCAGGACUCAGCUCAGCUAACCCGGCUUAAGGUCUGGCUCCUGGACAUGCAGUUGACAAGGUCUGGAGUGAUGGUUUUAGGGGCAGGUGUUAACCCUGAAGUCUCCCCAGCCUUCUACUAUGGAAUAGGUAUUCUGAAUAUAGGUGGAUUAAUCCAGCCAACCAGCUUGGACCAGUUUAUUCUGGUUGAUUAUGCUGAACGAUACCAGGAGGAACUGGAGAGUCAGUUGCUGGGUUACCAGCUAAUGUUGACAGAGCCGUACUCAAACACCCUCUACAUGCAUGACCAGCAUCAGGUCCUAAUAGUCACCACCACGAAAGAUUCCACAACCUCUGAUCCUGUUGACAAAGUGGAGUUCAAAUCACCAGGGAGUCGCAUUCUUGGUGCGGGUGUUUGUGACCGAACAGCCCUCUUCUUCUCCAGCAGUUAUGGUCUGGUGUCUGUCAAGUGUCCUCAGAAACUUGAAGCAAGUAUCAUGGAGGAACCCUCGGCUGAUGUUUCCCUAAGGAGUGAUGUGCCUGCCCUGAAUGCCUCCACUGCCCAGGUACAGAGGCUGAGCCUGAGCAAUGACAAGUCUGAUCGCCUCAAAGCUGCCUUCAGUCUGUCCUGUAGUGGAUCCAUUGAUCAAGCUCAGCUAAUUGUGGAUGAAUUAUUUCCCCCUGACAGCCCUAUCACUGAGUCUAACCCAGAACUGGACCAGCUGGUUGUCAAACUGAGCAUAGCCCUAGUGGAUGAUUACCCAGCAUCGGAUCCACGCUGGGCUGAGGCAGCUGUACAAGAUUCUGGUAGUAGUACCAACUCUCUCAUCAUUUUACAUCAACUGCGAGACAAAAAACAAAGAGCACAUAACUAUUUCAUAAAUUUCCUGAAAAAGUUUAGUUUGUGGAAUAAGCUAUGGACUGUUCAUGUCCGGGAUAGACCUAUGCUAACACGUCUUCUGCUCUGUGAACAUGUGGAGAAAAUUGUGGCUGCUACAGUGCUCAGAGAACUCCAUUCACAGCACACUGCCCUGGUAGACCUGGCUAUCAGACGAGUCCUCGUCAACAGAGAAGACGCAGAACUCGUCCCAGGACUCACUCCUCAAGAUCUCUUCUACAGAGAGGUGUCCAGGGUAGAUGAGGUAAUAGGAGCCCUGUUAGAGUAUGAAGAGGAGACCCUUGUGACAGACCUCCUGCCCCGGGACCAGGUCAAUCUGGUGAUGACCAUUAACACCAUCAUUGAGGGAAUGAUUCAUGAAGCGCUUCAGUACCGUAUGACCAGUGCAGAAAUGUACCAGUCAGAGGCUGGUGCCAAAGGGAGACUGCCAGAGUACUGCCCGUGGACGUCAUCUCUUGGGGUUAAAGGUGCUCGUACCGUCCUCCAUAGACAGUUUACGCUGACAAUUGAGAAUGCUGUACCAGAAGCUAAGGACAUGGACACAAGGAGCGGACUUUUCCAGCAAGCCCUGGCACUGGCAGACUUCAUCCUGAAUGGUUACUCAUGUCAACUGGAUUCUAUCCGAGAGCAAAGAGAGGAGGGACAGAAGGAAAGGCUGGAUCAGGUGUUAAGGAAAUACGAAGAGGACAGACAGGCUUUACUGCAGCCAUUCAUUGAGUAUGAAGAGUAUGAGAGAGCAGCCUCAUUAGCGGAGAAGUACUACGAUUUCCCUACAUUGAUUAAAAUCUGUGAAACGACAAAUAAACAGGACAGGCUGGACAGAUACAUCACACAGUUUGCUAACAGGGGCUUUUCAGAAACCCUUUUCAAGUGGUAUCUUAAGGAAGGUAAACGUGGGAAGCUUCUGGCCAUGCCUGUGCGUGAUCAGUCUGAGUUGUCAGAGUUCCUGAAGUCAGGGAAUAAUCGUUACCUCAGCUGGGUUCAUGAUAUUGCUGCUAACAACUUCUCUGCUGCUCACACUACUUUACUACAGCUGGGGCUAGAGGAGAGAGGGUCCGUAGCCAAGAGAAAGACCCUGUUAAGCCUAAGUAAGCUUGCAGCCCUUGCAUCUGAGCCUGAACCAGAACAAGCUGAUGACAGCAUUGAACUGAUCAAUGAUGAACACAACUUCCUUAGCCACCAGGAGGACUUACCGCUCGGACUUAUUGAAAGUCUUGGUAUGGAGCCUGAUAACAUGAGAGUUCUCUCCCCGUUGGAACUCAUCAAUUUGUACAUCAGUGAUGACAAUGAAGGGGCAACAGAGUAUGACUUCAAAAAGGCUCUGGAUCUUCUCAGCUAUGUUCCACAGUCUGAGCCUGAUAUUCCAGUGGACCAAGUGAGGCUCCAUAUCUGGUGUAAGGCUGUACUCAGGGACAACUGGUCUAAUAUUUCAACAGAUGAUCCUUUAGAAGGCAACAAACAUACAAUUUUCUUCAAAACAGUGGAACUAGCUUUUUACGAAGGUGCAGACCUAAGCUCCUAUCUUCCACAAGCAGAUCAGUUGCUUGCAGCAGAAGAGCUCGGGGAGCUUAGACACAACAAAAACUUCCAGUUCUUACUGCGAGCUGGUUAUGAACAGAUUCAAAAGGUUCUUGGAUGAAAUGAGUUAAUUGUAAAUGAGCGAUUCAUCUGUGACUGAUGCUUGACUCUUAAGGUUCCUUUUGGAAGCCGAACUAUAAGUUAAUAUUGUGGAAUGCUCUGCAGGUUCUUACUGCAUGUACCUGUAAGGAAAUGCAUAAAAGUUUCUUGGAAAGUUCCUGUUGAACAUGCUCUUGAAAUGUUCCUGUUACACCUGCCCUUGAAAAGUUCCUAUUACUCAUGUCUGAUGCAUUCCUGUUACAAAUGCCAUUGAAAGGUUCUUUUUGUACAUCCUCUUGAAAGAUUGCUGUGACACAUGUUCUUGAAAGGGUUGUGGUAAACAUCCUUUUCAAAUGUAUCCGUUACACAUGUUUUUGAAAGGUUCUUGUUAAACACGCUCUUGAAUGGUUGCUGUUACAAAUUCUCUUGAAAGGUUCAUCAGAAGUUUCUACGGGAGAACUCUGGUUAAGUUAUUACUAGUAACUGAACCAGAAGCUGACCCAUGAAAUCCUUAAGCACUGAAUAUGACAUGAGCUAGACAAUGGUACAUCCUUUAUAAACAUGCACCAGAAGUUUGAGAACUAAAUGCUAAUCCAUUGCAGAGUGAAAGUAGUGUGCUCCCUUGCAUGAUGAUCAUAUUUGGUGUGUUUUAAAUUCACCUGUUCAUAGAUUCAUUGAUAUAUCAUCUUGCAUCAUUGUCUUACAUUAUGUGACUUGUGCUGAAGUUUACAUCUACAUUGUCAAAAUUCAUGAUUUUUUCAGAUAACAAAGUCUAUAUUACCUGGCAUUAAUAUAAGGGAAAAUUAAGGGGAAAAUUAAGGGGAAAAUACUUCCACUUGUUCUUGUACUAAGAUGUACUAUGUACAGUGUAAAAUGAAAAAAAAAGAUGUGAAAUCAAAAUUUGUAAUAAAUAAUGUCCAGCUAACAUUUGGCUUCCUGUCAUUACUGAUGGAACAGCUUGGGUGGCCUAAUGGUUAGAGCCUCCAUUUUGAGUUCAGGGGAACCGGGAGCAAAGCCAUGGAACAGAACUGGU